AUGUGGGCACAGGAAAUUAAGAUCAUUGUUACGACACGAAUUGAAAAAGUUGCAUCUAAUGUAUGCACAGAUCUAGCUUAUCUUCUAAAUCAAUUGUCAAAUGAAGAAUGUUGGUUGUUAUUUGAAAAGCAUGCAUUUAGAAAUGGAAGCUCUGGUGAAUUUCCAUUACUAAAGGAAAUCGGUAAGCAAAUUGUCCAAAAGUGUGGAGGCUUGCCUUUAGCUGCAAAAACACUAGGGGGAUUGUUGCGUUUUGAAGAAGAUCCAAGAGAGUGGACAAAGAUUUUGAAGAGUGAUAUAUGGGAUUUACCAAAAGGAAAUAUUAGUAUCAUUCCAGCUCUUAGAUUGAGCUACCACUAUCUCCCACCACAUUUGAAGCGUUGCUUUUCUUAUUGCUUGAUUCUUCCAAAGGAUUAUGAAUUUAAAAAGGAGGAAUUGGUCAAAUUGUGGGUGGCAGAAGAUUUAUUGCAGCAAUCAAAAGGAAAUAGAAGGAUGGAAGAAAUAUGUGAAGAAUACUUUGAUGAUUUGGUAUCUAGAUUACUUUUUCAACGAUCAAGUAACAACGAAUCAUGUUUCAUGAUGCAUGACUUGGUCAAUGACUUGGCAAAAUUUAUAUCUGGAGAAUUUUGUUUCAAGCUGGGGAUUGAUAAUUUUGGUGUAAUCACAAGAAAGACUCAUCAUUUUUCAUAUGUUAGAAUUGAAUUUGAUGCCUUUAAGAAAUUUAACGUGUCCUACGAAGCCAAGGGUUUGCAAACCUUCCUUGGAUUUGAUUUGUCACCGCCUGAGUGGAUGUCGAAUAACAUAUCAACAAUGAUGAUAAAUGAUUUGUUGUUGAAAUUUAAGUGCUUAAGAGUGCUAUCAUUUUCUACCUAUACAAACAUGAAGGAAUUACCUAAAUCAGUUAGUAAUUUGAAACAUCUACGUUAUCUAAAUCUUAGUUACACUUCAGUUUAA